CUUUGGCAUCAGAGACUUGGACACCCUGAUAAGAAAGUAAUCAAAUAUCUUAAAGAAAUAACCCUAAAUAUUCACUUAUCAGACCUAUUUAAAUCAGAUGAAUUUGACCUCUACGAAACCUGCCAUAUUGUAAAUACAAACAAACAAAUAUCACGCAGACCAAUACAAACAAAACAAAUAUCUUUUAACUGUUUGUAUUAG